UUUCUGCUGGGACUUUAUCAACAAGUUACUGCGCCUUCAUUGCAUGUUGCCUGAGUGAAGGACUAUGGCAGCUCGCCUGGCUUUAAACUUUAAAUUUAGGCUGGAGAUGGAGGUGGAAAUAUAUGCCUACUAGCUGGAACUGCCUGGGGAACUAUUACAUCAGACGAAAUGACAAUGAUUAAAAUCUGCUUUUCGCUGCUCUAAAUCUAUUGAGCGACUAACAGUUGCCUGUUAGGUUUCCUACCCCAUCUAAAUCACAACUUCACACCGUUAAGGGGAGCGAUCUACUUUUUGCCGGAAAAAAAUAAGAUAAGUUAUUAUAUCUGUGCAGUCAUAAUUUUCGGGAAUAGGGGGGUAUCACGUUUUCUUUCUUGAGAAAAUUGCCUGGGCGAGAGAGUGGAGUUGAGCUAAUUGUAGCCUAAUCCCUGGCCCAGAGGCGCUUGGGCAGCCCGGAGCAAGAAUUUUCUUUUUUAGCUCUGCUCUGUUAUUUAGAGACGGAUUAUUGGCUUUCUUCUUCUCAUAACAAACCACAGGGGCAGUUUCAUUUAGGCAAAAAAGCAGACAAGAAGCUGAAAGACGAAGCAGGAUUCCAACAAGAGCGCACAUCUUUACGCGUAUCCAAAUAAGAGCAGAGAAGGGGAAGGAGAUCAUCUCAUCUAUGUACAAGGAGGGAAGAAGCAUGUCACGGCUGUCUCUGACCCGGUCCCCGGUCUCUCCACUGGCCGCUCAGGGGAUCCCUCUGCCGGCUCAGCUGACCAAGGCGAACGCCCCGGUGCACAUCGACGUCGGGGGACACAUGUACACCAGCAGCCUGGCGACCCUCACCAAGUACCCAGACUCAAGAAUCAGUCGUCUGUUCAAUGGCACCGAGCCCAUCGUGUUGGACAGCUUGAAGCAGCACUACUUCAUAGAUCGGGACGGCGAGAUAUUCCGCUACAUUCUCAGUUUCCUCAGGACCAGCAAAUUGCUCCUUCCAGAUGACUUCAAGGACUUCCACCUGCUGUACGAGGAGGCGCGCUAUUACCAGCUGACACCCAUGAUCAAGGAGCUGGAGCGCUGGAAGCAAGAGCGCGAGCAACGACGGAUGGCGCAGCCCUGUGACUGCCUGGUGGUCCGUGUCACACCUGACCUGGGUGAGAGGAUCGCUUUGAGUGGGGAGAAGGUCCUCAUCGAGGAGAUCUUCCCUGAGACUGGAGACGUUAUGUGUAACUCAGUCAAUGCCGGCUGGAACCAGGACCCAACACACGUCAUCCGCUUUCCCCUCAAUGGCUACUGCAGGCUUAACUCCGUCCAGGUCCUGGAGCGCCUUUUCCAGAAAGGUUUCAGCGUGGCGGCGUCUUGUGGAGGCGGUGUGGACUCAUCCCAGUUCAGCGAGUAUGUGUUGUGUCGUGAGGACCGGCGAAGUCUGUCCAUCAACACUCCCAUCAGGAUAAAACAGGAACCCCUGGACUAGAGCAUUCUGGGAGAGGGACUGCCAACCACCCGUCACCCCUGAUACUCCUUCCAUCUUCUCACACCACCCCACCCUGCCUUCCCCUGCCCCCUCCCUGUCCUAACAGAACCACAACCACCCCCAACAUACCGAAGUAUUAGCAGAGGCUUGUUAACCUCACCAGCUCUGCAGAACUCUAAGGGGAAUGUAGUACCAAACAAAGGAAAAAAAGCAUCAGCAACAAAAGUUUUUCAUUAUGUUAAAUAACGCCCAAAGAAUCUGGGAUUGUGAUGAAAACAACAACGACAAAUGGACUCAACAGCAGCUCAUUUAAACCAUUUUAGCACCGUGACUGGUUGAUCUUCUUAUGAUCCUUCUGGAGUGACACAACCGCCCACUCCCUGAUUCCCAAUGCACUCCACUCCCCAACACACACACACCACCCUUCCUCUCCUAUUUCAGCACAUCAGUAUCAUCCAGUUCUGUGUCUGUAUGAGGUCCAUUUCUUGUCUGAGUGAUGACAAGUCUGGCCUGCUGUGGGACAAGGAAGCGGUGGCAAACAGGGCGCUGUUAAGGAUGACAGGAAGAGGACAUAAUCCCAUCUUGCAAGUCCCCCAAAAGGCCCUAAUCCCCUAGACCCCGCGACCCUCCUGCCCCAUCCCACCUCACUCCACAGGCCUCGCUACAGAUGGCGGAGCUUCGCCGAAAACAGCAUCGUUUGCCAAACUGAUUGUUUAUUACAAUUUUCAUUGUUGUUUCUAAAGUAUGUUCUUCUUGCUCCUUUUGCUGUUCUUAUCAUGACAUGGUGUAAACAAUUAUUAUUAAUAGGAUUAUUUUUAAUGUCUCUUUUUUCCUUUCUCCAAUAUGAAGGAUGUAUGAACGUUGUAUUCAUUAGGCUUUGAGAGCUUGUGGGGGAGCGUUUCUUGGCAGUAGCUGCAGAAACUCAGAUGUCUGCAGGCUAUGUGGCUAAAGCGAUCUGGCUGGCAAUGCAUUCAGAGCCGGAAAAAGUCCCAUUGUUCAAACAGGGAUGGAAGAGAACCUGGAUGUUUCGUCAUUGUUUAUAGUCAAAUGUGUAGCACACAUAAAAAAGUGCUCUGGAGUUUCUGCUUAUUAGCUCUAAAACAUAUCUCGGGUCUCUGAUCGGAUUCUCUCUCACAAGCACAAACCUUUGUUUGUAUUUAGCAGAAGUUAAAGAAAGUUCGUGAAUUUGAAAUUCAGGUUAAAGUUGCACAAGCUCUAAGUGUAUUGCAGUUUUGUUGAGUUAGAAUGUUAAAGACCUGAGGACCAACGUGGAGAGCUGAUGUUUACCAGUAUGUCUCGUACUCUAAAUGCUUGAUUUUUCUUUGCACUUAAACAUUUCCUACGGAGCUGUCCUGCCCUGUUCCCACCAAACACUUGUUUGAACCCAGUGACCAGUGCCAAGUCAAGCUGGUUGUCUUCUCAUGUUUUAGGAGACAAGAGCAUUAAAACAUUUAAAACAGGCAGAACUUACAACAGAACAAAUACUGUAGGUACCAAAGGAGACAAGGUGCCUAUUUUGUUGAUUGUACAAACAUAAAGACAUCAUCUCUUUUUACAGUUUAUACUGUAGUGAAAGAAAACACUAUUACAUUAUUCAGAACUGUAUGAAGGGCACUAACAUUUGUUCGCCCGGGCCUCCAGUCCUGACAGUUUUGUUGAGAAUAGCUCACAGUACCUUCAGACAAAGUUUGAGAGACAAUGUCUUUGUUUGUUUCAAUAUUGUCACUUCUAAGCCAAGAUUAUUUCAAUGGUUCUUCACAUGUAUGUAUGGCAGAACCCAAAGUGAACUGUACUCCCAGCAUCAGCGUGUUAUUCACAAAGAGGCGAGUGGGCGGCAUUUACUCUGUCCUGCUCUCAUUCUUUUGGUCUUAUUCUCAACAUUUCUGGAUCAAAGACAGAAACAAGAAAGGCCAAGUUUUCAUGCUUUAUAUUUGUGUGUAACUUACAGAUGCUGUUUCUUCCAUUCCAAAAGACUGACAAAAAAAAGAAGAAGCCCAUUCUGAUCUUUGCGGGCUCUGGCAGUUGUUUGAGUUUAACUGGAGUUGUUUUUUAUAAACUAGUUAUUCAUUAAAAAUGGGUGGUAGUUCUUUUGACCAUGUUGUCCUAAUAUCUGCUCACUCCGGAUGGCCACUGAUUAAACAAGGCCAAUGAGUGGAUAAAGAUGAGCUCGGUAUAAGUGUAGCUCCCAGUCCAGCGCACUCCUGCCUGGGGCUCUCUCUCACAAUCAAGCCCAUCUUUGUUCUGACCUGCCAGUGGCCUGCGCCUUUGCAUCCAGUCGCCUCAAAGGGAAUGGUCAACCAGGCCUUUCAUGUGCCACGGCAUGUUGGGCUCUCCACAGCACUGCUCACCCCCCUCCGCCUCCCCGAAGGCUCUUAGCUCAGUGGUGCCAGUAGAAACUCGGGUUGCACCCCCUGCUGCUGUGUCAUCCCCAUGCCAUGGUUUUCAAAACGCCCUCCUAUGCUGUGGCUCACUGGACCACACCGCAACAAACCAAACAAACUGAUGAGUCAAAUGUGAGCAUACUCAGAACAUACUGUACAGCCAGGCGACUCCACUCUGCUGCUGAUCCAGUUGAUGUGAGGUGUGUGGAAACUCAUCUGGGUUAGUUGUUGAGGAAACGGGGGUAAAAAAAGAAAAAAACACACAUCUGCAAGAUAUACUUUUUUCAGGGAGAAAGGAGAGAAGGCAGAUUCUCUCACUGGCAUUUGGAAAUCACAGAGGGGGCUUUUAACAAAGAGCUAAGGGGUCAUGCACAUACAGUAUGAAUAAAAACAUAAACAUCAUUCUACACAUUAAGUGAGAAAAAGGAACACAAAUUGCAGUUUUGGGUUUCUCUGUCUGCAAUAACCAAACCUGGGGUGCCCCUUUCAACUGCAUUUAAGGGGUUAACUACAGAGCUAGACAAACUCGACAGGACUGGAAACUUCACAGACAUGUUCACACAGGCCACCCUUUCAGAUGAAGUACUGGUCAGUGUUUCAGCCACUUCACAUGGCAUUCACUCCACCUCUGAGGUGGGUCAGUUGUACAGUUAUUGUAUAUUGAAUUAUCAGGACUCUGGGUUUUACAGGACCCUCGUGUUUUUAAGAGACCUCUUAGUCCUCUUCACAAAAAGAAUGAAAAGAAUUCAAAGCAUUACAUUGUGUACAUAUGGAUUAAGACAUUUCAAAGGGUAUCAUAAGGUGCAAAUGUAUAUUAUUUAAAGUGUUUAAAACAAUUAGACUGUGGUAUUAAAGGGCAUGUGUUCAUUUACAAUGUCUCCAUUUGACUUUUCUUGCAUA